UUCGAUUUCAGCAAUUCUCAGAUUUCCUGUAUCUUGGCCGAACACUCCGGAAUUGACCAGGAAGACGAAGGAAUGGUCGUCCGCGUCGCGCUUGUUGCCGCGCUCGUCGCGCGCUGCUUGGCCGAAGACGCCCACGCUGCCCAAGCCAUUGAGGCGCACACACGCCUGAUCUUGGACGCGCUCCACGAACAUCCCAUCACGUCUGUGCUCGUGGGCCAGCCGCUCGGCCUGCUUACGCAGUACGUCCCGAUCGAGCAAGCGGUCGCGCUCCUGUGCGUCGUCACGCUCGCCGCCACGUACUUGAUCCCCAAGGUGCUCAGCCGCCUCCUGGCGCCGACGACGGACGCGCCCAAGACGCUUGUGCCCACGAUCCGCGCCGCAGCUCUCGACGCCGAGGCCCGGCGCCCGAACGCGUACCCGCCCAACUGCCCCGUCGCGACGGCGCGCCACGGAACGACCACGGUCGUCGCGUACGAUGCGGGGAAGAAGGCGUAUGCAGUCGAGACGUCGACGCACGAGCGCGUGACCGUCGCUUCGGACGACGUCGUGACGGCAACGGUCCAAGAUUUGUACGUGUACCCGAUCAAGUCGUGCAAGGGCCUCCGCCUCGCGUCUGCCGCCGUACUCCCCCACGGCUUGCAGUGCGACCGUCAAUGGAUGUUCAUGGACGCCAAAGGCACCUUCCUCUCGCAGCGCAAGCACCCGAAGAUGGCGCUGAUUGCUCCGGAGGUCGACGUGACCAACGCCGAGGCGCUGACGCUGACGGCGCCGGGCAUGCCGUCGCUGCGUGUGCCGGUGCUGCGCUCGGGCGUCGAGCACCGCGUGCGCGUCUGGAAGGACUACAUGCUCGGCGUUGACCAAGGCGACGCGGCGGCGCAGUGGGCCGCAACGUUCCUCGGGCUCCCGGACAUUCGCCUCGUGCGCUUCAAGGACGGCUUCCACCGCCAGUGCGACGAGGCCUUCGCCCCAGACCACGCCACGGCGUUUGCCGACGGGUUCCCGGUCUUGAUUGCGUGCCAGGCGUCGAUCGACGCCAUGAGCGCCGCCGCCAAGCACCCCGUCGAGAUGGCUCGCUUCCGCCCCAACAUUGUCAUGACGGGCGCGCCGGCGUUCGCCGAUGACGUCUGGGACUGCUUUGAGAUCGGCUCUGUGCGCUUCCAGAACGUCAAGCCGUGUUCGCGCUGCAGCAUGCCGUCCGUGAACCAAGCGACGGGCGAAAAGGACGAGGCGGGCGCCGCGCUCCAGUCGGCGCUUCUCGCCUCUCGCAACGGCGCGCAACUGGCCUUCCUCAAGAAGCGCGCCAACGACGUCUUCUUCGGCUCGAACGUUGUGACGCUCCACGGCGCGUCGCUCGCGGUCGGCGACCGUCUCAAAGUGCUGACGCUGCUCCAAUAACUGUCUUAAUUGACGCCGCAGCAGACGGUGACCUUGUCGCCCGUGCCCAGA